GCCAGGAGGAAAACACCAGACCUCGUUUUCUCCUCGGAGUUUGGAGACUUUCUGCGCCAGGACGCGCCGCUCCACGCCGGGACGCACGGUAAGAAGAACCGCUUCUCACUGACCCUGGAGGUGAGGGGUGCGAGAGAGGAGGUGGAGGCGGAGGGUGAGUUUGACAGGACAUGUAUGAUGGAUAGAUAGCAGCAGCAGCAGCAGCAGGAGAAGAAGAAGAAGAAGAAGAAGAGGAAGAAGAUGUCGUUCUUUGGCCUGGACUGUGUCAGGAAGAAAGAGACGGAGAUGGAGAGGAAGCUCCGGGCCAACGACAGAGAAUACAACCUGUCCUUUAGAUAUGCAACGAACGCCAUCAAGACGUCCAAGUACAACUUCUUCACCUUCCUACCUCUCAACCUGUUUGAGCAAUUCCAGAGGAUCGCAAACGCCUACUUCCUCUUUCUGCUGGUGCUCCAGGUGAUUCCUCAAAUCUCCUCUCUGUCCUGGUUCACCACUGUCGUGCCUCUGGUCCUCGUGCUGUCAGUGACGGCAGCCAAAGAUGCCACCGAUGACAUCAAUCGGCACCGAAGCGACAAUCAAGUCAACAACCGAAAGGCUCAAGUUCUUAUCGAUAGAAAACUGAGGAGCGAGAAAUGGAUGGACGUGCAGGUGGGAGACAUCAUCAAGCUGGAAAACAACCAGUUUGUUACUGCCGACCUCCUGUUGCUCUCCAGCAGCGAACCGCUCAACCUGGUGUACAUCGAGACGGCAGAGCUCGACGGAGAAACUAACCUGAAGGUGAGGCAGGCUCUGCCCAUCACAGGAGACCUGGGAGACAACAUAGAAAAACUGGCUGACUUCAAUGGCGAGGUGCGAUGUGAAGCCCCUAACAACCGCCUCGAUCGCUUCACGGGAACGCUGACGUACGCCGGUCAGAAGUACUCGCUGGACAACGAGAAGAUCCUGCUGCGAGGCUGCACCCUGAGGAACACCGAGUGGUGCUUUGGACUGGUGCUGUUCGGGGGUCCAGAGUCGAAGCUGAUGCAGAACUGUGGGAAGAGCACGUUCAAGAGGACCAGUAUCGAUCGUCUGAUGAACGUCCUCGUCCUCUGUAUCUUCGGCUUCCUCGCCUUCAUGUGCACCAUCCUGGCCAUAGGCAACUGGUUCUGGGAGAUAAACGAGGGCUCCCAGUUCACGGUCUUCCUGCCGAGGCAAGACGACACCGAUGCCGGUUUCUCAGCCUUCCUCACCUUCUGGUCCUACGUCAUCAUCCUCAACACCGUGGUUCCCAUCUCUCUCUACGUCAGUGUGGAGAUCAUUCGGCUCGGGAACAGCUUCUACAUCGACUGGGACAGGAAGAUGUACCACGCUCACAACGACACCCCCGCCGAGGCUCGGACCACCACCUUGAACGAGGAGCUGGGACAGAUCAAGUACAUCUUCAGUGACAAAACGGGGACGCUCACUCAGAAUAUCAUGACUUUCAACAAGUGCUCCAUCAACGGCAAAUCCUACGGAGACGUGUACGACCACCAGGGACAAAGACUAGAAAUUACUGAGCAAACGGAGACGGUGGACUUCUCCUUCAACCUUCUGGCCGACCCCCGCUUCAGGUUCCACGACCACGCGCUGGUGGAGGCGGUGAAGCUGGAGAACCAGGAGGUGCAUGACUUCUUCAGACUGCUGAGUCUCUGCCACACCGUCAUGGCUGAGGAGAAGAAAGAAGGUGAGCUGCUCUACCAGGCUCAGUCUCCAGAUGAGGGAGCGUUGGUCACGGCAGCCAGAAACUUCGGUUUUGUCUUCCGCUCACGAACGCCGGACAGCGUUUCCAUCGUGGAAAUGGGACGGCAGCGCAGCUACGAGCUCCUGACCAUCCUGGAUUUCAACAACGUCCGCAAGAGGAUGUCCGUCAUAGUUCGGAGUCCGGAGGGGAAACUCUCUCUCUACUGUAAAGGUGCAGACACUAUCAUCUACGAGAGGCUGCAUAAGUCCUGCAGCAAACUGAUGGAGGUCACCACAGAGCACCUGAAUGAGUUUGCAGGGGAGGGUCUGCGGACGCUGGUGCUGGCCUACAAGGACCUGGAUGAGGAGUAUUUCAGCAAGUGGAAGCAGCGCCACCAUGAGGCCAGCACGACGCUGGACGACCGGGAGAGCCAACUGGACCAGCUGUACGAGGAGAUCGAGAAGGAUCUGCUGCUGCUCGGAGCAACAGCCAUAGAAGACAAGUUACAAGACGGAGUACCUCAGACUAUCGAGCAGCUCUCCAAAGCCGACAUCAAAAUGUGGGUUUUGACCGGCGACAAGCAAGAAACUGCGGAAAACAUCGGCUACUCGUGCAACCUGCUGCGAGAGGAGAUGAACGAGAUCUUCAUCGUCUCUGGCAACUCACCGGAUGACGUCCAGGAGGAACUGAGAAAUGCCCGAACAUCCAUGAAACCAGAUUCAGUGGAUUCUGUGUUCCUGCCGGGAAGGAGUCUGGUGAAAGGAGUGAAAGUGAUGACGGACGAAGUGGUGAACGGAGAAUACGGCCUGGUCAUCAACGGCCACAGUCUGGCGUACGCCCUGGAGCGCAGCAUGGAGCUGGAGUUCCUGCGGACGGCGUGCAUGUGUAAAGCAGUGAUCUGCUGCAGGGUGACUCCUCUGCAGAAGGCUCAGGUGGUGGAGUUGGUGAAGAAGUACAAGCAGGUGGUGACACUGGCCAUCGGAGACGGAGCCAACGACGUGAGCAUGAUCAAAGCGGCUCACAUCGGCGUGGGCAUCUCUGGUCAGGAGGGGAUGCAGGCCGUGCUGUCCAGCGACUUCUCCUUCGCCCAGUUCCGCUUCCUGCAGCGCCUCCUGCUGGUGCACGGCCGCUGGUCCUACCUACGCAUGUGCAAGUUCCUGCGUUACUUCUUCUAUAAGAACUUCACCUUCACCUUCAUCCACUUCUGGUACGCCUUCUUCUGCGGCUUCUCCGCACAGACGGUGUACGAUGAGUGGUUCAUAACACUUUACAACCUGGUGUACACAGCACUACCUGUGCUGGGGAUGAGUCUGUUUGAUCAGGAUGUGGACGACGUGUGGAGUUUCCAGCAUCCUCAGCUCUACGUCCCCGGUCAGCUCAACCUCUACUUCAGCAAGAAGGCGUUCUUCAAGUGCGCCCUCCACAGCGGCUACAGCUCCCUGGUGCUCUUCUUCAUCCCCUACGCCGCCAUGCACAACACGGUGAGGGACGAUGGGAAGGACGUCGCUGACUACCAGUCCUUCGCCCUCCUCACCCAGACGUGUCUGCUGUUCGCCGUCAGCAUCCAGCUGGGGCUGGAGAUGUCGUACUGGACGGCGGUGAACACCAUCUUCGUCCUCGGCAGCCUGUUGAUGUACUUUGCCGUCACAUUCACCAUGUACAGCAACGGCAUGUUUCUCAUGCUGCCGUCGGCUUUUCCCUUCAUAGGAACAGCCCGUAACUCUCUGAAUCAGCCGAACGUUUGGCUGACGAUCCUCAUCACCUCCACUCUGUGCAUCCUCCCUGUGGUCACCUACCGCUUCCUGUUGAUCCAGCUCUGCCCCACCAUCAAUGACAAGGUGAUGUUCAAAGUGAGACAGACCAAAGCGACCCCUGCCCCUCCUCCUCGUCGCACCCACAUCCGCCGCACCAGCACCCGCCGUUCAGGCUACGCCUUCUCGCACGCGCAGGGCUACGGGGACCUGGUGACGUCCGGCCGCUUCCUGCGGCGUCCGGCUGUGUCGCGGUCCUCUGGUUUGGCGCACACGGGUCGCACCACCAUGGGCUUCAGUCCGAUGGGACGAUCGGCCGGAUACAGCCCGACGGGACGCCCCCAGAAUGCCAGGGUCCAGGAUGUGGAGGUGACGUCGCUUCAGAUGUACAGGACAAUCAGAGACCCCAGCCUCUGACGGACAGAGAGCUGAGUACUGGAGGAAUCUGGGACGACGUGAUAACUGGACGUGUGAAUGUGAAUCCUAAUUUUGAUACUAAAGAGCUCAGACUUUUCCUGAGUGUCGAAGAUUUUCCAAAAUCCGCCUCAUCUACACAGACGUGGUGUGAAAAGCUCCUGCUCGGAACAUUUUAUUUUGUAAAAUAACGUGCUGGCCUUUAUUUUGCGUAAAGGAACUGCAGCAACAUGUGUCGCCUCCUCUGACGGAUCACGGGUGUUCAUGUCUCCUGCAGGUGAGAGACUGAUGAGAAAGGUUUCUGACACCAGACACAUGUUUACAGAUGUUUACAGACUCCUCAGCCUUUGUUAACCAGGAGAGUCCAGAUCCACAGCAGGACUUUGGAAACAGGAAACAAAGCAAAGCCAUGUCGCAGAGGAAACUUUCAUUUCUAUAUCUCAAGUGUCCUUUUUUAAAACUCUUUAGUUUCAUAUCUGGAAGCUGUACGAGCAGUCAGCACUUUGGCAGCAGGAUUCAGCUUCAGCGUUGUGGGACCAUCCAGCUUGUGAAGGACAUUUAUUAAAACAGUUUGUUUUGUUUCACUUCUUUUCUGAGCUGAGAUAAAAAGGACGAGGAUUCACAGCCCGGGUUGGAAUCACAUUAAAAAAACAGGGAUUUAUUUAAGUGAUGAAAAAAAGAGUCUGAGAACUCGUUGGUUGACCUACUUCCAACUCAUCCACAUAGAAAAAAAUCUAUAAACACAAAUUCUACAGUGAAAUUUAAUGUUGUGAGAAUUAAGCCUGAAGAUCUUCUGCUUGAAGAGCUGGAGCAAAAAAAUAACUUUUUGCAUUUGUACCUGAAAAUACAAUUAUGACCACUUAAAAGGGGAAAACAAUAAAACACAGUUUUAUUAAAUGAAAGUCAUAACUUUAGGCCGUGUGUCAUUUUAGAUGGAGAAGAUCAGAAAACCAGCCUCUUUAGUGGAGGAGGAAGCAAAAUGAUUUUUUAUCAUUAGAUUGCAACUUAUUUUCAUUAUCUUCAUCAGUUUGACCCCAACACUCCAUCGUAUGCCAAGUUAAUAAACUCUAGAUAGAAAUCUUUUUUUAAAGAUAAACUAUCCAUAAAGUCAUCAUCUGCCUCGAGUUUGUAAAAUGUGCCUCAGUGAGUUUAGAUUCUGAGUGACUUCUACAAUUACAGCUACUCGGAGGCUGAAAGGUCUGAUUCAAGUCUGCAGCGUUGCACAUGGAGACUCCAGAUCAUGUUUAGAUCCAAUUACUGUCGUUCAGAACCUGAACCAGAAUGUGGUUCAGCUUCGGCAGCUUUUAGCAUCUAUGGAUUAUUUUGCCUGCAAAUGUUGGUGAACUGUGUUGACUGUGUAGUAACUAAUCUGCAGUGCAGACUUCAGAAUGUGUAUCUGGAGGUUUAUCCCACUGCUCACACACUACAGCCUGGACCAGGUGAUCCUUAAGUCCGUCAACAUGUCCAGAGACACGUCUUCAUUCAUGUGUCUCCUGCAAUGUGUCAUUUGUUGUUUUUGGUGCAUUCACACCUGCAGUGAUCAGAUCAGAUCACACAGGAUGUACCUGGGAAAAAAAACUGCUUACUUCAUUUAAACCUAUUUUUAAAGCCUGUUUUCACCAUCACAUCAGAAUUAUUUGAAAAUCAUAAGUUUGCCUUCGCUCCUUUACAUCUGACAAUCAACCUAAAAUACACAAUACGUGAUUCAACAUGUUUUCCAACACAUUUCUAUUUGAAAAAUAAAGGGAAUUCUUACCUGGAAACAAUAAAGACGAGAAUGUAUACCAGAAAAUAAGUUAGUAAAAAAUAGUUUUAUGUGACAGUCAAGGUUUAGUGAUGACUGUAUGUUAAGAAAGGAAACAUUAUUUUACAAGGUCAGGGUUUUUAUAUUAGCAGCUGGACAUGUGAAUCUUUAAUUUAUUAUUUGAUGUGUGGAGGUUUUUGUAAGAGACCAAAUGGAAUUGGUUCAAUAAUUGUACAUUAUUUUAUAUUUGCCCACAUAUUGUUGUUUUCUCUGUGCCUCAUUAUAUCCAUGUAUAUGGUUCAGUGUUUUUAUCUGAAUAUCUGUCAUGUGUCAGUUCUGAUCCAAACCCUGGAUAUUCCCUGUAAUGCUUUGUCACCGUUUAAACUCUUAAAGAAUCUGCUGCUGGAGCUCAGUGUACGUGAAGCUGGCUCACACCAACGUCAGCUCACGAAUGACACCCUGGCAAGCUCUCUCCUCCGCUAAGCCCCAACAGUCGCCUUAAAUUCAAGUUGCACCAAAUUACACAGACUCAUAGGUAUCAGUCCUCUGAAUUUGUCUGAUUGUUUUCAUCAAGAUACAUGAAUUAUUUCCAGGGAAAUCAGUGACGAUGUCAAAAAAGCAUCUCAGUUUCAAUAAUUCUUUCUUGGCUCGUGUGGAACCCGUUCAGUAAAAACGUAAUGAGCAAGAUGACGAUGAUCUCAUGUGACAGAUUUGCUGAAAUCCCAGCAUCACUGUGGUACUUUCCAAAAUAAUAUAAUCAUCAAUCAUAAAAUAACUUAUAUCAGUGAUAUUUAUCAAUGUAUUACAAUCAUUUUUGUUGUAUUAUUUUUGCCCUGAAAACUGAAACUGUAACUUUUUACUGUAUGAGAAAUCUGAUUUUUGAUCUGCUCUUCCUAAUAAUCAUUUUGUAGGAUUUUGUACUUUUAAAGUUUCCAUUGCAAUAAAGAGAACAAGAUCACAA